AUGAACAGUCUUCUCUUUCCUUCCGGCCUUGAUGGCACCCGGCUCCUGGCGUUAGCCGCCCUCUCGCUUUUCAUAGCAGCAGCCGUGGUGGUUGCCUACCGGCUCUUUUUUCACCCUCUUUCUCGCUUCCCCGGCCCGCGGCUCGCGGCAUCAACGGGCCUCUACGAAGCCUACUUCCAAUGUCUCGUGGAAGGCGGAGGUAGAUAUUGGAUCAAGAUCAAUGAGAUGCACAAGCAAUAUGGUCCCAUCGUUCGUAUCAACCCUUGGGAGGUACAUAUCGCCGACUCGGACUGGAACGCUGUAUACAAAUACUCAGCCAAGGCAUCCAAGCCCCGGCGGUUCUACUACCGUUUCUUCGGGAAGUUCCCUUCCACGAACAUAGCCGAGUCACAUGCCCUGCACCAACUGCGUCGUGCACCAUUACAGGCGUAUUUCGCUUCAUCCAAUAUUCAGAAGUACAUGCCUACGAUUGUGGCUCAGGUUGACAAGCUAUGUUACCGCCUCUCCGCCGCAGACGGUUGCGUGGUCAGCCUGAGCGAUGCUUUCAGAUGUCUCGCGACUGAUGUCGCUACUGGGUUCGCUUUCAAUCACCCCUUUGGCCAUCUGGACGAGCCGACGUUUGACCGCGAGUUCAAUCUCAGUGUGAGGACAGUGGUCAAAGUCAGUACAUGGAGUCGGCACACCUACGGAAUGUUGCUUCCGGCUUUGCAUAGUAUCCCCGAGACUAUUGCCAGCAAGAUGAACCCUGCUUUUGGUAGGGUGAAGUGGAUGAUGGGGACUAUGGCCAGCUGCGUCAGGAAGUCAAUGAAUAAGCCAGAGCCAGCAUUUGGCACCAAUCCCGACAUGGUCCAGACGCUGAUGGCCUCGUCUCUUCCUCCCGAGGAGAAGACAUUCCCGCGUCUCUUCUCCGAAACGCGAAGUGUCAUUAUGGCUGGCACAGAGACGACGGCCAGUCUACUUGUCGGCAUUACAGCCUACCUCCUGAAUGAUCCUGAGAAGUUAACCCGACUUAUGGAAGAGCUCGGUGAUGCUGAGAAGGCUAAAGGCGCUCGCCUGGAAUAUUCAGAUCUGAAAGAUCUCCCAUACAUCACUGGUGUCGUCAACGAGGGACUGAGACUUGCCAAUCCAACCCCCACUCGCCUGCCUCGAGUGUGUGAGGAUCAGGACCUCCAGUAUGGAAAAUGGUUUAUUCCCCGCGGUACCACGAUCUCGACCACGACACAAGAUAUCCACAACGACUCCUCCAUCUUCCCCAACGCGCAAGAGUUCCAGCCCGGCCGCUGGGCCGGCGUCGAAGAGCGCAGGCGCCUGAACCGAUACCUCUUGCCCUGGGGUCGUGGCACCAGACUCUGUCUCGGUAUGGAGCUCGCGACCAUCGACACCUAUCUCACCGUCUCGCGCCUGUUCAGCCCCAACGCCGGUUUCAGUAUGUACAUGUAUCAGACGAAGGACGAGGACUGGAAGGCCUACCAUGAGUGGUUCUCCGGGUUCCCCCGAGGUAAUGGGUUGAGGGUGCUUGUUCAGAAACAGAUCCAGGAGAAACCCAGGGGUGCGAGCAAUGGGUUGCCUGGUCGUGUGGCCGCUCCACUGAUCUGA